AUGGAUUUAUCAGUUGUUGACCUAAAUACUUCUUAUGAAGAAAGUCCUUCGAUCGAUCUUACUUCUGAUACUGAAUACCGAUGUCUUGCUUGGAGGCCAGAAAAUCACAGAACUUCAUCGGAAAAUGUUUGGGUUCAUUUACCUGGACUUAGCCUAGAGUAUUGGGAAGAAAAAACUCUACUCACAAUAGGAAGAGCUCUGGAGGAGCCAAUCAAAAUUGAUGAUGCAACACUGAAUUAUGAAACAGGUUAUUAUGCUAGAAUGCUUAUCAAUAUUGAUUUUUCAAAGAAGGUUCCUAAUAAACUUUGGAUCAAAACAAAGCAUGGUGGAUUUAUGCAAUCAGUUCUUCUAAUAAAUCCUCCUAAGUUUUGUCAGCAUUGCAAAUUUGUUGGUCAUCUGCUAAUGGAAUGUCAUUUCAAAACUACCCAAAGUAAUGAAGAAGGAGUAAAUAAAAGUGGUGAGCAAGCUAAAAUACAGACUCCAGUACAAGAGGAUAAUCUAAUUGAACAUAGUGUGGUAAAAUAUGUCAAUGGAAAGGAUGGCUCUAUAUCAACAGCAAGUGUUCCUGUCACUUCAUGGUCUAGAGUUGUUCAAAAACCUUCAACAUCCAAGCCAUCACCUUCUUCAAAUGUUGACUCUGAAGUAAUAACAAAGGUUAGUGUUGCCAUUACUUCAUCUAAUGUUCAAAUUCCUAAUAAAUAUAAUUUCAGAAAAAAUCCUGGCAAGGGGGGGUCUGAGAGGCCCUCAACCAAAACCAUGAAAGUUCUCUUUUGGAAUCUUAGAGGCCUUAGAAGAGAAAGUCAGAUGAUAACAAUAAUCAUUGGUGGAGUUCUUAUUUCUGGAGUUCAUGCCCAUGUUGGAAUUAAUCAAAGAAAAUUCUUAUGGUCUGAGAUGGAAAUGAUUAGUGAUUUAAAGAUGCCUUGGUUGGUCAUUGGGGACUUUAAUGUGAUUACUUCAAUAGAAGAAAAAGUGGGUGGCAGAAGUCCAAACAAGAAGACAAUGAUGGAUUUUCUCAACUGUCUUAAUAAUUGUGAACUUAUACAAGCUCCUAAAUUUGGAAUUCAACACUCUUGGUCUAACUAUCAACAUGGAAAUAAAAGAAUACUGUGCAAUCUGGACAGAGCUAUUUUUAAUCAGUUAUGGCUUCAAAAGUAUGAAGACUGGAUUUAUAAAGUUGGUCUCAGAAUAGCCUCAGAUCACUCUCCUUUGUUGGGAGGAAAUGUAAGUAUUCCUAAACCAAAAAAUACACCAAUGAAGUUUCAGAAGAUGUGGAUUUCUCAUCCAGAAUUUCUAGAAGUAGUUCAACAAUGUUGGUCAGCUCCAAUUGAUAGUGAUACAGCUUUUAUCUUUCAAAAUAAACUUAAAAGAUUAAAGAAAGCUCUUAAUGAUUGGAACUGGAAGGUUUUUGGAAAUAUUCAUACUCAUAUUAAAGAAGCUGAAGUUAAAGUUCAAGAAGCUAUGCUUAAUUCAGAUAGGAAUCCUUUUGAUGAACCAACUUUAAGUAAGCUAAUUGAAGCUCAAAAUAUUUACAAUACUAAAGAAGUGCAGCAAGCAAGAAAUCUCAUUAGUUUAUUGGAAGAUGGUGAUGGAGAAAUAAUUACAGAUCAAGAUAAAAUUGUUGAGAAACUUGUGAAGCAUUUUGAGCAAAAAUUCAAAUUUCAGCAAGUAGUUAUUGACCAGUCUUUACUUAAUACAAUUCCUGCAGUAAUAACAUCUAUGGAUCAGAAUAUGUUGGAUGCAAUCCCAUAUGAAGAAGAGAUUAAGAAGACAGUUUUUAGCAUGGAUCCAUAUAGCUCUCCUGGUCCUGAUGGCUUCUCUGGAUGCUUCUACAAAACCUUUUGGAGUAUAGUUCAAAAAGAUGUCAUACAGGCAGUUCAAUUAUGUUGGAGGAGAAGGUUUAUUCCUAAAGGUUUGAACUCCAACUUCUUAGUCCUCAUACCAAAAAUAGAAGGAGCAAAAAUUCCCAGCAACUUUAGGCCAAUAGGACUGAGCAAUGUAAUUUUCAAAAUCUUCACCAAAAUUCUGGCUAUAAGAAUAAGCACUUUGUUGCACAAGUUAAUAUCUCCUCAACAAGCAGCAUAUGUGAAAGGUAGAAGCAAUCAAGAGCAAAUGUUAUUGGCUUCUGAGAUGGUUAAUGAAAUGAAAAAGAAAAGAAGUGGUAAUGUUGGAUUAAAGCUUGAUAUUUCACAAGAUUAA